UUCCGCAACGACGAAAUGGCGCGCACUGGGCCGGGGUCAGAUCCCGGCCGCGAUCUGGCGGCCACUUUCGGAUUCUAUCCUUCUUCGCUUCCGAGGCUUGGAAUUUGUUGCGCUGCACCUGUCAAGCGCCGAGAACAACGAAUACUCAGCCCAGUCUCCAGACGGCAGAGACUCGACCCGAGCACCAGCCGCCGCUUCACACCUCCCUCCACGGCCUUCCCCUGCGGCGGCGGCGGCGGCGGCGGCAGCGGCGGCGGCAAGAUGGGCGAGAACAGCGGCGCGCUGAGCGCGCAGGCGGCGGUGGGGCCGGGCGGGCGCGCCCGGCCGGAGGUGCGCUCGAUGGUGGACGUGCUGGCGGACCACGCGGGCGAGCUCGUGCGCACCGACAGCCCCAACUUCCUCUGCUCCGUGCUGCCCUCGCACUGGCGCUGCAACAAGACGCUGCCCGUCGCGUUCAAGGUGGUGGCGCUGGGGGACGUGCCCGACGGAACAGUGGUGACCGUGAUGGCUGGCAAUGAUGAGAAUUACUCUGCGGAGUUGCGUAAUGCCUCGGCGGUCAUGAAGAACCAGGUUGCCAGGUUCAACGACCUUCGCUUCGUGGGCCGCAGUGGGCGAGGGAAGAGUUUCACACUGACCAUCACCGUGUUCACCAACCCCACCCAAGUGGCCACCUACCACCGAGCCAUCAAGGUGACCGUGGAUGGACCCCGAGAACCCAGACGGCACCGGCAGAAGCUGGAGGACCAGACCAAGCCAUUCCCUGACCGCUUCGGGGACCUGGAACGGCUGCGCAUGCGAGUGACGCCGAGCACGCCCAGUCCCCGUGGCUCGAUCAGUACCACCAGCCACUAUAGCAGCCAGGCCCAGACCCCCAUCCAAGGCACCUCGGACUUGAACCCGUUCUCCGACCCCCGCCAGUUUGACCGCUCCUUCCCAGCGCUGCAGACGUUCACGGAGAGCCGCUUCCCCGACCCCAGGAUGCAUUACCCCGGGGCCAUGCCGGCCGCCUUCCCCUACAGCGCCACGCCCUCGGGCAGCCUCAGCGUGGCCAGCAUGCCCGCCACCGGCCGCUUCCACCACACCUACCUCCCGCCACCCUACCCGGGGGCCCCGCAGAACCAGAGCGGGCCUUUCCAGGCCAACCCGUCCCCCUACCACCUGUACUACGGCGCAUCCUCCGGCUCCUACCAGUUCUCCAUGGUGGCCGGCAGCAGCAGCAGCGGGGGAGAGCGCUCCCCAACCCGCAUGCUGGCCUCCUGCACCAGCAGCGCCUCUGUCGCCGCAGGCAACCUCAUGAACCCCAGCCUGGGCGGCCAGAGCGACAGCGUGGAGGCGGACGGCAGCCACAGCAACUCCCCUACCGCCCUGAGCACGCCGGGCCGCAUGGACGAGGCCGUGUGGCGGCCCUACUGACCCCCCCGGGGUCCAAGCAGACGGCUCCCGGCGGAGGCAGGGACCCUACGAACCUUCCGGACAAGUGGCUGGCCCGGCUCCGAAGCUCCGAGCAGGAGUGGGACUUACACUCAGGCCAGUCCAUGGGCCCUGGGGCCACAAGGCCUGGGGCCUAGAGCUGGUGGGCGGCUCUGAGAGCAUCCAGUCCAGCCACGUCGUUGUACAGAUAGGUAGGGACCUCCCUCAGGACGCUGCCCCUAGCCCAGACCCUUGUCAUCUCAUCCCACGUUCCUGUGGGAAAGGUUAUCCUCCUGCCGCGCCCCCGGAAUGACCUGGCCCUCCCCAGCCAUGCCCGGUGCUAUCACAGGGCCCAGGUCCCCUGGGGCAGAGACCAUCUCUGUUCCAGAGAGAGGUGGCUUUUGUCCACACGGCUUGGCCUCUGACCCACGGGGCCCUGGAAAGACCUCCCCACCCGCUCCCCUUCCUCAGAGACCCUGUACCCAUGGGCCCAGCCCUUCCUUAGCAUUUAUGCAAAUUGAAUCAGAACUGGAAGGUCUCUCCACCCCUGAAAGGGUUUCCUUUCAUUGUAUAGAUGGGGACAGGGUCCAUCCAAGGGCUCCUGGAAGUCAACUGGCAGAAAUGGGAUGAGAAUACCCUCAAGCCAGUCUCCCCCCCCCCCCCCCCGGCUCCCGACCCGCCGCCCUGCGACCUACCCCCCGCCCCCACCAGCUCUGCUUCCCUAGAGUUCCUAACAGCCGGAAACUCCCACCCUGUCCCAGCUGUCUGCGGGUCCCAGGCCCCAGAAGAGACUAGCCAAUGGCAGCAGGUCCCUAAAACCAGGAAAAACACCUGCAGACAGGUCCUCCGUGCACUUUACCAGCCCAAGGCGUUUGCCCUCUGUUCUCUUGGUGGAGGGCCAAAGAUCCCCCCCCCACCCUUGCCCCCAGGCUGGUCUCAGAAUUGCCAUUUGUGGAAAGAGCGUGGGUCCCAGAGAGGUCUUGCAGAAGGCAUUGGUGAGAGGUCACGGGGUCAGAUUUUAGCAUCCCUGUCCCACCUUGGUCCAGCCAAGCUGUGCACACUCCCAAACCCCAGCCUUGUGGGCUGGCCCGGCCAGAUCUUCUAGCCUCUAACAGCGUUCCAUCUUGAACCGGUCUGGGCUCCAAAAGCAGGCUUGAACAAAAACCAGUUUUUAAAACUGAUUUUAGAAUAAGAAACAUCAAAUAUUUUCAAACCCACGGUCUCUUAGAGGUAAAGCCCUGCUGUAGCGAACAGCAUCCUGUCUGCCUUCUGGGAGUGGCAUUGUCAGGCCCUCCGGCAUCCCACCUACUCCCACCCAAGGGCCCACGUUGGUGGGGACCCAAGGGAACCCCAGGUGACACUAGAACUCACGUCUGCGGCUCUCAGAUAUCCACCCAAGAGGAGGUAGAGAGGUGGGGUGCUGGGGUGGCGGGCAGAGGGCCGGCCAGCACCUCAGCACGGCACACCCCCUGGCCUCAGGGAGGAAAGUGUUGCCCCUUUAAUUUGCAGACAGGAAAGCAGCACUUGCCCAGGCCUUCAGGCUACACAGAUACUCGAGUCUGAGUUUAGUUCGAAAAAGGCACAAGUGGAAAAGGACAAGAAAACCUGUCAGGGCUAGACAGCAUGUUGCGUGUGGUUUUCAGUCAUUGUUUCAGCCACAUCCUCUGUGGAUAUGACAACCUUCCCUCCUCCAUUGUCAUCUCUCUCAGAGCUCUCUGCCAGCCACGCCAUACCCCACCCCCGCCCCCAACCUGUAACAGAGGGCAGGUGAUGUGCCCAGCUAUGCACUCCGGCGAGUUAGGAAGUCCUUCUGGUGAUCUCACACCCCGCCCGCUGCAGUUUCUCUGGGCCUGUCCUCACUGGAAAAAAACAGUCUCCAUCUCAAGAUAGCUGCUGGGGUGUCCUGCUGACUCCCUGCACCCAGGGGGGGCUCCCCACCCCUUCUCAGGAAGCAGCUGCAAAUCCAUUGCCCUGGUUCCCCCCCGCCUGCCGCCACCAUGCCUCUUCUCCGUGGUUGCAGACUGGCCCCAGGCCUGCAUGGGAGGCGCCCUGGGGUUCCCAGUGCCCAGCACUUUGUAGCCCCACUCCGGAUUACUAGCCCUUCCUGAGAGCCAAGCCCUGGUAGGGGCAGAGACAGGAAAUAAAUGGAUCCCUCCUCCCACGUGCCCACCCCUCCCCCCCAACUAAAAGUGAUGACAGCCAUGCCGAGUCUGGUUUUAAGGCCCAUAGUGGGUGCAGACAGCUCGGGCUGCUAGAAAUGGGUCCUUAUUUACAAGGCUGCUUUAAAGUUGUCUUAGGCGAACACACUGAUUUAGAAAGCACAAGGAAAUGGAGGAGUUUUGAUAACCAUAUUACUGUAAACUUGGUGGUGGCGGGUACAGACCCUUGGUGACAUAUUGUCAUGUCGAGGUGUUAACACCUGCCACAUGCACAUCUUCGGUAAAACCGUCCCAGAGCUGGGGUGGGGUGGGGUGGGUGGGAACUGCUUUGCACUAUAAUUUGCUUAGGGUGUUUGUUUUCGAUGCACAACUUGCUGUAUGGUAAACUGUCCGUCCUCUGUUCUAUUUAACUGUAAAAUGGAAUUUUGACUGAUUUGUUACAAUAAUAUAACUCUGAGAUGUGUUGAAGGAUCCCAA